ACACACGACAUGAAGGCAUUUGUGUGUGUCGCGUUACUUGCCCUUUGCGUCCUUGGUUCUGCCAAGGAUGUCCCAAAGAAGACUGACAAACAGACCAAACGUAGCGUUGUAGGUGAAAGCACAUUAGGACUAGGUUCCGCCUCUCUGGGACUCAGCUCUGGAUCACUAGCUCUUAGCUCCGGAUCACUUGGGCUUAGCUCUGGAGUAGGACUGGGCUCUGCUGUGUUAGGAUCAGGUCUAGGAUAUGGAUACGGACACGGUUUAGGAUACAGCUCCGGUGUAGCCCUAGGUUCCGGAUCCCUGUACUCCUCCGGAUUGGGAUUGGGAUCCUUGGGUUACGGAUAUGGAUCAGCUUUGGGAUACGGAGCCGGUCUAGGUUCUGGAAUCGCCGUAGGAGGCGUUUCCCAUGGACUCGUACAAGACACCCACGAAGUCCGUCACGUAUCUCAACAGGUACCAGUGCCAGUGCCCCAGCCCUACCCAGUGACCGUCACGAAAACAGUACCAGUACCCCAACCCUACCACGUCGACGUGCCCAAGCCGUAUCACGUUCCUGUACCUGUAAAAGUACCCGUUGACGUACCAAAACCCUACACUGUUCCCGUGCCACACCCAGUGCCAGUCAGGGUUAAUGUCCCAACUCCUGUAGUAGUACCAAGGCCCUACCAAGUCGAGGUUAUCAAGAAGAUUCCAGUAGACGUACCAAGAACCUACACUGUGAGAGUACCCACGCCUGUUCAAGUACCAGUACCACAACCCGUCCCUGUAGAAGUACCCACGCCUGUAGCUGUUAAGGUGCCACAACCAGUCGUCGUUAAGCACCCAAUUGUCCAGGCCACACAUUCUGUGGCAGCUCCUAUCCAUUCAUACUCUGCCCCUAUUAUUGGUUCUGCCUACGCAGCGCCAGCAAUCGCUUUGGGUAGCGGCGUUUCAACUCUAGGAAGCGGUACUCUGGCCGUUGGUGGUGUAUCAGGCUACAGCAGCGGUCUUGGUCUCUCAGGCUACGGCAGCAGCCACUUAGGCUAUGGCAGCGGUCUCUCAGGUUAUAGCAGCGGCCUCUCGGGCCUCAGCAGCGGUCUCGGCCUCUCGGGCUACAGCAGCGGUCUCGGUCUCUCAGGCUACGGCAGCGGUCUCUCAGGCUAUGGCAGCGGUCUCUCAGGCUAUGCCAGCGAUCUCUCAGGUUAUAGCAGCGGCCUCUCGGGCUACAGCAGCGGAAUCUCAGGCUACACCAAAACCUGUUCAGCGGAAAAACUGGAAAAUAUCGAUUUGCUAAGCAAAAGAGGCCUGGAUCACAGAAGCAACCUGGCUUUGCUCAACAGCUUAAAUUUUGGAAACAAACCAGAACCUAGCAUCAGUCCAAUACCAUCACCAACGCCCAAUAUAAUAAACGUUGGCAACCCCAACGAUGGAACCAUCCCAGUGACGAUCAACACGGAAAACUUAGCUCUUGGGAACCCCAACCCCCUAUCGAACGGUUUACAGUUUGCGUAUGCUCCAUCUUUCCCACAAAACGCCGCACCAUUAGAUAACAACAUCAUUUACUUCAUGGGAGAUAGAGCUCAAGCCUCACCUUUAUCAUUGACCAACGUUAUAAACCCAGGAUUUUCCCUGAUUUCUGCUACUCCCAAUCUCCAAAAUGGAGCCGUGAACACUAUCCAAGACAACAGAAACGUUUUUCAAGGCUACGUUCCUCAAAACGUAGUAGAAGUACCUCAAGCUUAUCCAGUGCAACUUAUAAGAGAAGUAAAAGUACCCCAGCCCUACCCUGUGCAUAUCACCAGGACUGUGCAGGUCCCAGUGCAAGUCAGAGUACCUGUAGAAGUACCAAAGCCUUACGCGGUGAAAGUACCGCACCCAGUACCAGUUCCAGUACACAUCAAAGUACCUGUAACGGUAGAAAAGCCUUACCCAGUUCAAAUAACCAAGACUGUAGCAGUACCAGUGGAAAAACCUGUAUACAUCAAAGUGCCUCAGCCUAUUCAAGUACCAGUACCCCAGCCUUAUCCAGUGGCAGUACCACAACCGGUGCAGAUCCAAGUACCGUUCGUAGUUCGACUGCCGGAAGUACCGGGACAGGUCCAGGCAAUUUUACCUCCAACGCCUCUAGCGACGCAUUUGGAAGGUGCUGCAUUUCCAGCUAGUGUAGUACCAGAUGCGCCUACAUUACCUGAACUUAAUCCAACUGAUAGUAAUAAAUUAUUUACUUCUUUGGUAUCUACAACGGAGUCUUCCCCUUCUACAACAAGUCCCAAACCCAGUUUGCCACCCAUUACAGGAAGUGGCCUGCUUCCACCUCACCCUCCAUCGAAUUUGAAUUCGAAACCAAAGUCUGAAGAAGGUUUGUUGAAUUCCUACGUUUCUAGCAAGGAAGGGGGAAUAUAUCGUCGUGGUACGGAGUACCAAACCUAUGAGUACAAAAAAACUUGGUAG